AGUCCUCAGCAGUCUCACCACCACCAGCACCAUUGCCUAUCCCUGUCUCAGCCAUGUCGAACGUGCCCCACAAGACCACGCUGCCCGAGGGCAUUCGCCCAGGUACACUGCUCAGAAUUCGAGGUUUCAUCCCUGACCAGGCUAGCAGGUUUUACGUGAACCUGCUGUGCAGCGAGGAGCAGGGCGCAGAUGCCGCCCUGCAUUUCAACCCCCGGCUGGACGAGUCCGCAGUGGUCUUCAACAGCCUGGAGCAGGGCACCUGGGGCCGGGAGGAGCGCGGGCCGGGGGCCCCCUUCCAGCGGGGACAACCCUUCGAGGUGCUGCUCAUCGCCACCGAAGACGGCUUCAAGGCCGUGGUCGGGGACGAGCAGUACCACCACUUCCGUCACCGGCUGCCACUGGCGCGCGUGCGCCUGGUGGAGAUGGGCGGGGACGUGAAGCUGGAGUCUCUGAAGAUCUUCUGAGAGGCUGCCGGGGGCCGGAGAGCCGGGGCCGGGGUCUUGAAUAAAGCGUCAGUGUGUAGCG